UCUGGAGUACGACUUCUAGUCAAACGACUUGGUUUAUUUUUGUGUAGCCUGUGAGUGUCUGAAGAGAGAGUGAGACGGUAGGCUACACCGUAUAGGCUGGUAAGACGAUAACUGCUUUUAAUUAAGGACCUCAAAACAUCUCACUUAGCCUAAUUAUGGGAGACAUAGACUACUGAAAACUAUGAAAACCAAAUUCCUCUGACUUUGUAAUGACUUUAUAAAGUGGUAGCCUAUUCUGAUACCACAGAAGAUAUACAAAAAAACCCACUUCAUCAGAAAACCUGAUGUAAUUGCUUUUGUCGCUGCCAAUUGGUGAACAUGAGACAUGUAUAGCAGCGUUUACCUUCUCCUCCAGUGUAAACCAUCCUACUUUUUGACUAAAGAGUCGUCAAAUGUAUUGUAGGCUAUAUCACUGUACUGUAGAGGCUGCUUGACGCAACUGCUUUCCCCCUCAUUUUUAAUCAUUGUCCCAGAGUGUGUUUGCGCUCUAGUAAGGUCUGAUGGGCUCGGUGUGGACCACCCCUCACUGCGGUACAGUAGUGAAAGAUAAAUAUAUCCCCCACCACCACCACCACCACCACCACCUCCUCCUCCACCUCCUCCUCCUCCUUUCGUUGAGUCCGCAACAUCCUGACUGGCCGAGGCUGGUGAUCGCAGGCAGCGGCAGCGGCAAGCCCCCACAAGACGGAUGAAUUAGAAAAACUGCUGUAACCACCGCCACCCCCUUUUCUUUUAUUUAUAAGUGAAGAGUCGGGCUGUAAACACUGCUGCCCUCAUCUUGACAGUGUGAAGCGGAAACAAGGCUUCCAGUGUGCAGAUUCGCCAUGGGGAUCAAGGCUGCUCUCCCCAGAUAUGAGCUGUAUCUCUACACAGCAGUACUCGGCGUGGCUUUGAUAUGGGCAGGCAGUUGGAUAUUUGAAGCUUCGAGUGAGAAUGUAAACAGAAAGGCCUUCAAAGAAAGUGUAAAACCAGGAUGGCAUUACUUUGGCAGGAAAAUGGAUGUUGCGGACUUCGAAUGGAUGAUGUGGUUCUCUACAUUCCGCAAUCAUAUCAUUUUUGCUCUCACCGGUCACGUUAUCUUUGCCAAGAUAUUCACCCUGCUAGCUCCAAAGAUUGGUAUAGAUGGAUGUAAGCACAGAUCCUUGAUCUUUGGGGUGUACGGUGGUUUGGCAGUCCUGAUCACGAUGGGCUGGACCUUCAUGGCUCUGGUUCUGUCUCACUGCAUCAUACUCUACAGUGUCGCUAUGGUCAAGAGCAAAUGGAUGUGCUUUGCGGCCGGCCUGACCACGCUGGCGUCCCUUAAGCUGGAGCCCUAUAACUCCUGGCAGGAAACCUUGGUGACUGGCUCUUUUGACCUGCAAGACAUCCUCUUCUAUGGAGGCUGCGGCUUCAGCAUCAUGCGCUGUAUGAGCUUUGCAUUAGAGAACUGUGAGAAGAAGGACGGCAACUACACAUUCUCUGACCUGCUGAGAUACAACUUCUACCUCCCCUUCUUCUUCUUUGGACCUAUCAUGACUUUCGACCGGUAUCAUGCCCAGGUGAACAACACCCAGCUGACCCGCAAGGAUAGGGAGUUGUGGAACAUCACCACCAAGGCCUUGUUGCAUCUGGGUGUUAUUCUGGUGGUGGAUGUCUUCUUCCACUACCUGUACAUCUUGACAAUCCCCAGUGACAUGAAGCUGGUCACCAAGCUUUCUGACUGGUGUUUGGCUGGUCUGGCCUAUUCCAACCUGGUGUAUGACUGGGUAAAGGCAGCCAUGAUGUUUGGUAUCAUCAAUACUGUGUCUACACUGGACCACCUGGACCCUCCUCAGCCUCCCAAAUGUAUCACCAUGCUCUAUGUCUUUGCUGAGACGCACUUUGACAGAGGCAUCAAUGACUGGCUGUGCAAGUAUGUUUAUGACUUUAUUGGUGGGGAUCAUGAUAAAAUCUUCAAGGAGCUCCUGGCAACCAUCUGUACCUUCGCUAUCACCACUUUGUGGCUGGGCCCAUGUCAGAUUGUUUACAUCUGGUCCUUUUUCAACUGCUUUGGCCUCAACUUUGAGUUAUGGGUGGCCAAGUUCUUCUCUCUUCCGCCAUUUUCGAACAUAGAGUGUGCAAUGGGUGAAGCCAUGUCACGCAGGAUCCGUGGUGUGUUCAAUGCUGCCAACUUCUGGGCCAUUGUCCUCUACAACGUUCUCUCUUUGAACAGUUUGGAGUUUGCCAAACUGGUGGGAAGACGGCUGAUUUUCAAAGGUUUUCCUCUGUCCACACUCUCAGUGUUACUUGUGACCUACUGUGGCGUGCAGCUGGUGAAGGAAAGGGAGAGACAACAAGCCUUGCUGGACGAUCCGGAGCCAGUGAAGCCAGUAGAUGGUGGCAAAGAAAAAGCUGAAUAAACAGACAUAAAAUCUGACUUUCACAGACUUCAUGGUCAACAGCCCCCUCACAUUGUUCCAUCUUCAGCCUUGCGAACUGCAACAGCCAGUCAACACCUAUAUUGUUCACAAGCCUGUGUUCUUGCUUUUGUUUGUCAGAAGCAAGACAAUGUUUUGAACUGUGAAAUAUCCUCAAGUGCACUUGCUGUAGAUAAUCGCCACGUCCUUUGGCACAAACCCACCGAUGGUGCAUUUUGUAUUUGUAUUUUAUCUGAACAAAAGAUAGUUUAGCAAAUGACAGGCCUGACAAACAUUGUAUGAUGCUACUUCUAAUAGUAUAUAUAAGGACAUACAGAAUUGUAAAGGAACAACUACUUUGCUUGUGUGGUUGUCUCCUGUGUCUCGGAUUUGGAUAUUCUUCCAUCAAAAUGAUUUUUCAGAUUUUUCAUCAGAUGGUGUCUUAAUUUUGCCUUAGAUACCUCAGAUCCUAAUCAUUGCAAUGUUUAACCAUACUGAAAGGGUUAAAAACAUGGGAGAAAAAAAACUUGAAGUCAGACUUCCACAUAGUCACAAUGUAUAGGAUAGUCUAUUUUAAUGUUGAUUGAGAAUGUAUUAGAUCUCUUAUAAUGUUGAACAACUGAAUGUAGUUCAACCUUCCAGGGAACGACAGCUUAACUCUAACACCAUAUCGUCCACAGGAGAUUAAUGUAGGUGUGACAUUUUGUCAACAAUCUUCCCUUCGCCCUCUUUGACAUGAUCCAGGCGCUCAGUUCGCUAAGAAAGGCAAUAGGCCCUUCAGGAAUCAUCGGUCAGUCUUAUCCUGCCUGUCACCAAAAACUGCUGUGUGUCUUCAGUACAGCAGGCAGAGAGAAAAAGUUUAUGCAGCUUGUAAUGCCUUCUCUCACUGUAAGGUUUUUAUUCAAAGGUGUUCAAAAUGUGUUGUUGUUUUAGCACAGCCUGCAUUCAAACACUGUUAAAAUUUAAUUUUGUUUACAUCAAUGGAAAUAAAUAAUAAGUCAAUUCA